AUGAGCGGCAUGGAGGUUGUCGCUCUGGGGAAUGGGUACUCAGCCGUGAAGUUUGAUGACCCGGAAGAUUUGACGAAGGUGCUAGCUGGAGGGCCCUACAUUAUCGCCGAAAACUUUCUCGCGCUCAAGAUGUGGGAGCCGGGUUUCAACCCCUUCUCUGCUCGUAUCUCCACCCUCCUUACCUGGGUCCAUUUCAAUCACCUUCCCAUGGAAUACUAUAGGGAUGAAAUCCUCUAUAAGCUUGCCUCUUGUGUGGGUCGCCCGGUCCGUAUCGAUUGGAGAACGGGCCUAGCCACAACGGGGCGUUUUGCAAGAAUCUGCAUAGAACUUAACCUCAAUGAGCCACUGGUUCCGAAGGUCUGGGUCGCAAAUGCGUGGAGGCAAGUGGAAUAUGAAGGAAUCACGAUUGUCUGUGACACCUUUGGACGUGCCGCCCAUUCAGAGCCAUCCUGCAAGUUCUCUGUGAAAUCUCCAACACCAGCUACCCAAUACAUUAUGGCUCCUAAUGGUGGCGUUGCAGAACAGAUAAAGAGUCCGGCCAUGGAAGUUGUCAGAAGCCAGCCUCCGUCUUCAUCUGAGCCUGAUUCUUCCAAGUUCUUUGGAGAAUGGAUGGUGGUAGGUCGACGCAAACCGCGACAACCACGAAUGGAUAAAUCAACUGAAAGAGGAAGCCAAGGAAAUGGAACACGCCGACAGCAGUCAGAGAAGCUGAUUUCAAAAGAAUUUGGGUUAAAAAAACAUAUUAAUUGA